GAAAAAUAUGCCUAUACAAUAUGGCCCAAGAGGCAUUUGGAACUGGAAAGAAGUACAGGCACUCUUGAGUUUGGCGAUUCCUGUCUCUAUAACCUAUUUGACCUUUUUCUUUAUGUACAUUGUUGAUACUCUUGUAGUUGGGAGACUGGGUAAGACGUAUCUUGCAGCUGCUGCUCUAGCUAAUACUUGGUGCAACUGCAUGAUACUUAUGGGGAAGGGAAUAUUAACUGCACUUGAUCCUUUAUGUGCACAAGCAUAUGGUGCAAAACGCUAUAGAGCUGUGGGAAUAGCACUUCAACGAGGCUUUCUAGCCAUGGUUUUAGUCACCUUUCCGAUAUCUUGGAGUUGGUGGCGAGCUGAAGAUGCGUUGUUGUGGCUUGGUCAAAGCGUUGAACUUUCCAGUUUAGCUGGUAUUUUUGCCAGAAGACUUAUUCCUUCUAUACUUCCAAGUUUACUUUUCGAUUGUUUACAAAAAUAUCUUCAGUCUCAGAGUAUAACCAAACCUUCGCUCAUUAUAGGUCUUAUCUGUAAUGUCAUCAACUUGGUCUUAAAUGUGGUUUUGGUGUUUGGAAUUGGAAGCUUAUUUCUGGGACUUGGAUUCGUUGGCGCGCCUAUUGCUACUGUGAUAACUACUGUUGUGCAAUUUUUUUUACUUUGGCUAUACAUUUAUUACUAUAAGAUUUAUGUUCUAACGUGGCCUGGAUGGAGUUGGGAAUGCCUUCAAUGGAAGGAUACUUUAGAGUUUUGGAAAUUGGGAAUACCUGGUGCGCUUAUGUAUAUUGGAGAAUCAUGGGGAUACGAAUCUAUCUCUUUGCUUGCUGGAAUUUUGGGUGUCACGUCACUUGCGGCUCAUAAUAUACUUUUUAAUAUGAUCGCUGUGGCCUUUUUUUUAUAUUUAGGUAUUGGAGUUGCCUCUUCAACCCGAGUAGGAAAUGCGUUGGGAGCAAACUUGCCUUUCGAAGCAAAACGUGCCAGCUGGUUGGCUUCGCUAUUUGUAACUAUUCUUGGAGUAUUAUGUGGCAUUUUUCUCUACAUUUUUCGCUUCAAUAUAUCGGGUUUUUAUACCGAAGAUAACGGCGUGAUUCAACAGGUGGCGCUCACAACCCCUUUAAGUUGUAUCGUCACUUUGCUUGACGGCAUACAAACAAUUUUUGGAGGUGUUCUGAGGGGAAUGGGAAACCCGGUUCCAGCAGUUGCCUGUUACUUGGUUGGUUUUUAUAUCAUUGGGUUACCAACUUCUAUUUUAUUAGCUUUUCGACUGGGUUUCAGGUUAAAUGGACUUUGGUUUGGCUUAAUGAUAGGACUGCUUUUCGUAUGUAUUGCAGAAUUUGAAUAUUUGAGGAGGCGCAAUUGGGUUGAACUAGCGAAGCGAGCCAUGUAUACGAGUGCUCGAGAUUCGUCAAUGGAAAAUAACGUUUCGGAUAAUCUGUACACUAUUGUUGACGAUUUGUCUUCUUUCACACUAGAAGACAACAACAGUGAUAUGGAGUUGAAAGGUGCAGAGAUUGCCGAUUCCGAUGACCAUCAUAUAAUUUGAGCUUUUUUCACAUGAUUCCAUCUUUCGUUGCGUUGACUUCAGUAGAUGACGCCUUUUUGGUAUUAAAGUACCUAGACUUGAUCCUAGAAGGAUGCUUUUUAUAUAAAGGUUCCAGAAUACUUUUUUCAUUCAAGUUCUUUAUUUCUAAGACUCUGGUCUCCUUGCAAUUCUAUGCAAUUUCAUAACAGGAGGACGUACGGUUCCUUCUUGAGAAUAGAGAGAAGGCGUCAGUACUCUGUAGCAACAAAUAAAUGCUAUUCGGAGAGCUUAUGAAUGUAAAUUAAAAUAUUUAGUUAACACAGGUGCAACUCUAAACAUGCAAGAGCUUGAAACUCGUUGUAAGUCGCUCAUCUCCAAUGAUCUGAAAUGAUAAACUUCAUGGAAUGGGA